AUUAUUAGGGUCCCACCGCCUUCUCUAUAUAUCGGUUAUCAUUGGCGUCUCCUUGAACUCACUCCUCUCCGCCGCAACCGCCGUCAGUCGCCGGCCAUCUCUCGCCGACGCACGCUUCUUCUUCCUUGUCGAUACAUCGUUGCUCCAUUGGGCAGAGGAGAUAUCGAGCUUCGGGAUCCAUUGUUCAGAUCGAAUCAUUGGGGAUUGAAGUCCAGAUGUUCCGUAAGAACGAUUCCGCCUUAUCCUGCUUCUACCUCUACUUGCUCUGGCUCUUCUUCCGAAAAUAAUUAAGAAGUAGAUUCCGAGCUGAGGACGAGUUGCCUGCCAUCGUUGGGUUGAUUUAGAUUAACGAAGGUUGAUUUUUUUCUUAAAAAAAAUCUGUAUCUGUGGGUGAAGAAAGAAAUGUUGGAUCUCAACGUGGUGUUUUCGGAGGAGUCGGUGGUUGCUGUUGAUUGCGGCGGCGGAGUGCACAUGGUUACCUCGGAAACCUCUGAGUCGUCCAUCCUUAACACUGAUGCCUCCAAUGGUGCACCGGUUGACGAGGGAUCGUGCUCCACCCGGUUGGUUGCUGCCGCCGCCUUCAAAGCAGGAGAAGGUGAGAAUGAUGUGAAGAUCGACGAGGAGAGAGAAUAUUUUUCACACGAGUCCCGGCUAGUAACUAAGCAACUCUUUCCUCUAGAGGCGGCGGUUCCUGACGGUUCAAAUCCAAUAGCUGUUUCAUCUUCCUUGCCGUCUUCAUCUAGAUCACAGUUGAUGGAUCUUAGCCUUUAUCAGACUAAUGAUUCCUCAGAGGCAAAAGUUUUGCAUCCAAAGCAGUGGCAGCAGCUACAGCCACAGCUUCAGCAACAACAAAUGAAGAAAAGUAGAAGGGGGCCUCGAUCCAGGAGCUCUCAAUACAGAGGAGUCACUUUUUACCGGAGAACAGGAAGAUGGGAAUCCCACAUCUGGGAUUGCGGAAAGCAGGUUUAUUUGGGUGGUUUUGAUACUGCUCAUUCUGCUGCAAGAGCAUAUGAUCGAGCUGCAAUUAAGUUCAGGGGACUUGAUGCUGAUAUUAAUUUCAUUUUAAGUGACUACGAGGAGGAUAUGAAACAAAUGAUAAAUUUGACAAAAGAAGAAUUUAUACACACGCUACGGAGACAAAGCAAUGGCUUUUCAAGGGGAAGUUCCAAAUACAGAGGGGUUACUCUUCACAAGUGUGGUCGCUGGGAAGCUCGUAUCGGGCAGUUGCUUGGAAAGAAGUACAUAUAUCUUGGCCUAUUCAACAGCGAAAUAGAAGCUGCAAGGGCUUACGACAAGGCAGCUAUAAAAUGUAAUGGGAGGGAGGCUGUGACAAAUUUUGAUUUGAGUAUCUACGAGGGAGAUGUUUUGGUCAAGGCUGAUGCUGACGGCCAUAAAAUUGAUUUGAACUUGAGGAUUUCUCAACCUGAUGUUCAUAUUCAAAAAGGGGAUGUAAGUAAACCAGACAAUACCUCAUUUGAGGCUUCAUCUACUAAGAAGAAUAGCCACCCUUCCCAGGAAAGAAUUUACCAAGAUACGUCCCUUUGGAAUUCUCAUUCAUGGGCUGCUCAAGGUCCUGCUUUUAAUUCCAACAUCGAGGACAUGGCAGACGGAUCACUAGAUUCCACGGCCACUGUUCUCUUCUGCAGCAUCAUCAGGAUUCUCACCUGCCACCUUAACUUCUGCCAUUCGGAUCGUCAAGCAGCCAGCUUCGACAUCGUCUCCGUUCUCGUGCACCGGUUACAAGUUAAACACACCCCUGUAACACAAACCUGACAUAAUUUUUUUAAUGUAAUUGCAAAGAGUUUCACGUGUGAAAACAUUAUAUGGAUGAUUUAAGUGAGAUCCAAUUUUGUGGCCCGAAAAUUUAUAUUUUUUUAGUUAACA